AUGAAGCUAGUGGAUGUACUAGUUCAAGUGAGCGUUUUGCUACUACUGACUCCGUUUACGAAUGCCCUAUAUUACUACAGCAAUGGCGGCGAACGUAAAUGCUUCUACAAGGAACUUGUGGAGGGAACAUUGCUUCAGGGCAAGUACAACGUCGAAGUCUACGACGAAAAUCUAAAGCUCUACAAGGCACCAACCAAGAAUGAGAUUUCUGUGGUUGUGGAUGUUGAAGAGGUUUUUGACGACAACCACAGGGUCAUGAACCCCAAGGGAGGUGCUCGUGGUGAAUUUACGUUCAACGCGCAUGAUUCUGGUGAGCACAAGAUCUGUAUACAGCCACAAGCACAGGGAUGGUUGGCCAAGGUCAAGACCAAGGUCGAAAUUGAAUUUGAAACCGGUUCAGCUGUCAGCUUAGACUCGAAAAACUCUGAAGGCUACAAAUCCCUGCAAACUAAGAUCGAAAUUUUGAACGAACGAGUUCUGGAAUUGAAGAAAGAACAGGAACUAGUUAGAGAACGUGAAGCUAUGUUUAGAAACGCUUCAGAGUCUGCUAACUCUCGUGCGAUGUGGUGGACGGUCUUCCAGGUCUUCAUUUUGGGUGGAACAUGUGCUUGGCAAUUGAGACAUCUGCGUACCUUCUUCGUUAAGCAGAAAAUUUUGUAG